AUGGCAACAUCCCCUCAACUUCCGCGGCAUGUUUCUGCCCAUCUGUCAAGUCUCACAUCCCGGCCCGGUGUCCAAUCCACCCUCAUCCUAUCACGGAAAGAUGGAUCUAUAAUACGAACAACUGGUCUCCUUGCCACACGUUCAAGUCCAUCUCCCACCCGUCAAGUUCCAGAUCCAGCUCCAGCUCCAGCCUCACCUCCAAUGCCAGCGUCGAUACCCGAUUCCACUUCUCCCACCUCCCAAACUCCAGACGAGCAAGCGACUCACCCAGAGACAACGAGCACGAGCACAGAUGAGAGACGAGCAGAAGCUGCGCAAAAGCAAAUACAAGAGCAACAGGAACAGCUACAACCACAACCACAAGCCGCACCCUACAAACCCAGCCAAGCGGAAACGCUGGCCGCACACAUAUUUGCUUUUGUUUCCUCCGCCUCCGCUCUGGGCGCGUCGUUAUCGAAACCACCACUACCAUCAGAAUCAUCAAGUGAGAGGAGCGGCGGCGGCGGCGGCAGCGGUAAUGAGACUGAUUAUGGUGGAUCUGGAAUGGCUGUGGCGGCGGCAGGAGGCGGCGCGACCAGCAACGGACAUGCGAGGCAUGAUAGUAGAGAGAGCGAGGGAACCCAUGAGCGCGAAGAGGAUGAUGAGCUGAAGCUCCUCCGGUUGCGCACAAAGAUUCAUGAAAUUAUAAUUAUUCCGGAUCGGAAGUUUUUGCUCUGUGUUGUGCAUGAUCUUUUGAGUGCUUCUGGCGGGUCUGCAGGUGGUGGCGGCAAGGGAGGAGGGUUUAGUAGGUAA